UUUAAAUGUUAAAGUUGAGAGAGUUAGCCAAUAAAAUUUAUAACAGUUAAAUAAUACAUUCUUACGAAUAAUUUCUUUUAAACGAAGUGUUCUUGCUUUUGUAAUAAAAAACACAGCAACAAAAUGUACAAGUUUGUUAUCGUUUUACUAUCGGCAGUUCUAUUCGCUUUUGUAUUAGCGCGUCCUGCAGAGGAGCAAUCUGGAGUUGCCACAUCACCUGCUGUUACUACAACAACAACACCUGCCACAAUACUCAAACAAAUCGAUGUAACCAAUCCAGAUGGCAGCUAUAAUAGCAGUUACGAAACCUCCAAUGGCAUCAAAGUCGAAAACGCUGGUUACUUGAAGAAAAUACUAGUGCCAAAACAGGAAUCCACCGAUGGUCAGGUGAUUGAGGAACACGAAGAAUUGGUGUUGGUGCAGACAGGCUUGUACUCCUACUCGGACCCAGAAGGAAAUAUCAUCACCUUGCAUUACGUGGCCGAUGAGAAUGGGUUCCAGCCCCAAGGGGAUCACUUGCCAGUACCACCAGUUUAAAAUCAGAAAGUGAAUUGGAUGAGAGUUAAUUAUUUGCUCCGACACACUCAA